AUGCUGUCAUGGAAACAGUUUAUACGGAACUACUUUCGGAAGUUCACUUGUCAAUUUGAUCUGCCGGAUUUACCGGCAAGUUUAAAGAUAACGAUUAUAUUUUAUUCACAGUUUAAUCGAGACAGAGAUCACAAUAGAGGCCGCAGAGGUGGUGGUGGUAGCAGAGGUAGCAAUAGAGGAGGCAGUGAUAAUAUUCGUGGAAGUAGUAUUAAUAGAUUUAGUGUACGUGGUCGAGGUACUAUAAGUAAUAUCAGAGGUAUUAUAAAAAACAAACAACCUGGAGGAGCCCUUAGAAAAAUCAAUUGGGAUGUAAGAUCUUUAGAACCUUUGCACAAAGAUUUCUAUAUUGAACAUCCUACAGUGAGAAAUAGAUCAAAAGAAGAAGUAUGUCAGUUCAGAGAAAACGCAGAAAUAACUAUAAAAGGAGAUAAUAUACCUAAUCCUAUUCAAUAUUUUGAAGAGGGAAAUUUUCCACCUUAUGUGUUGGAUGAAAUACGUAAACAGGGAUACUCUCAACCUACAGCAAUUCAAGCACAAGGAUGGCCUAUUGCACUUAGUGGCAGAGAUUUAGUUGCCAUUGCUCAAACUGGCUCUGGAAAAACACUAGGAUAUGUUUUACCAGCAAUUGUACAUAUUAUACAUCAACCACGUCUUGUUAAUGGAGAUGGUCCAAUUGCUUUAAUCUUAGCUCCUACAAGAGAAUUAGCUCAACAAAUUCAGGAAGUAGCUAAUUGUUUUGGAGAAGCUGCAAGUGUAAGAAAUACUUGUAUUUUUGGUGGUGCACCAAAAGGUCCACAGGCACAUGAUUUAGAAAGAGGUGUUGAAAUAUGUAUUGCUACACCAGGUAGACUUAUUGAUUUCUUGGAAAGAGGGACUACAAAUUUACGCAGAUGCACGUAUUUAGUAUUAGAUGAAGCUGAUAGAAUGUUGGAUAUGGGUUUUGAACCUCAAAUAAGAAAAAUAAUUGAACAAAUUCGACCUGAUAGACAGGUCUUGAUGUGGUCAGCUACUUGGCCUAAAGAAGUUAGAGCAUUAGCUGAAGACUUUUUGACUGAUUAUAUGCAUCUUAAUAUUGGUUCCCUGACUUUAUCAGCUAAUCAUAACAUUAUUCAAAUUGUGGACGUUUGCCAAGAAUUUGAAAAAGAUAUAAAAUUAUAUAGACUACUUCAAGAAAUUGGAAAUGAAAAAGAAAAUAAAACGAUCAUUUUUGUUGAAACAAAACGAAAAGUAGAUGAUAUUACGAGAAAUAUCAGGCGAGAUGGAUGGCAAGCAUUGAGUAUUCAUGGUGAUAAAAAUCAACAAGAAAGAGAUCAUGUGUUACAAGAAUUUAAAAGUGGAAGAGCUCCUAUUUUAGUUGCAACAGAUGUAGCUGCUAGAGGCUUAGGUAUGUGUUAUUUUUUAAUUUAGAGUAUUUAGAUUAUUUACACAUUCAAGAAUCGGGUGACUAUGGGAAUUGGCAACACUUAUUGGAUUAGCCAGUGAUGCGUUAUUAAUAAGACCAGUGGACAGCUAUGUAGCAAUGUGUGAUUUAUUGAAAAUUUUUUUUAUAGCAAAGCCCUGA